UUUUGGUCAUUGACGAAAAGAAAGCGAAAAAAUUAGGUAAUCAGAUUAGACUAAACGAGAGCAAAAACUAUUUCCUUCCAAAAACUGUUUACGCAGAGGAAGAUAAUCAAAUUUCUCCCGAAAACUGCUUCUCUUUCGCUUUGUGCAGAGGCAGAUAAUCGCUGAUGUCUACCAGCAGCCGGAGAUGCCUUACUAUUUUUCGGGUUCAUCGGCCAAUGGGGAGGAUAAAUUUGAUGAAGCUGUGGAUUUGUUUGAUGAUAUUGUUGAAAAAGGGUAUCAACCCAAUGUUUAUACCUAUAAUGUGAUUGUGAAUGGUCUGUGUAAAAUUGGGAAAACCACUGUUGCCUUCGAUAUUCUGAAAAGAAUGGUGGAGAAAGGUUGUGAGCCUGAUUUGGUGUCAUAUAAUGCUAUCAUUGACAGCCUCUGCAAGGAUAGAUUUGUUACCGAGGCAUUAGACCUCUUCUUGAAAAUAAAAAGCGAAGGUAUCUUGCCUAAUGUUGUGACUUACAGCACCUUAAUCCAUGGUUUGUGCAUGUCAAGCAGAUGGAAGGAAGCUUUUAUGUUGCUUAACCAAAUGUUGAGAGCAAACAUCACACCAAAUAUAAUUACCUUUUGUACUUUGGUUGAUGGACUUUGUAAGGAAGGAAAGGUUUCAAAAGCUCAUGAUGUAGUCAAAUUGAUGAUGCAAGGAGGAACAGAGCCUGAUGUUAUCACCUACAAUUCAUUGAUGGACGGAUAUUGUCUACACAACCAAGUGGAUCAAGCUAGAGAAAAUCAAGCUAGAGAAAUAUUUGACCUGAUGAUAAGCAAGGGUUGUACACCUGAUGUUUUUACCUACAGCAUCUUGAUUCAUUGUUAUUGUAAGAGAAAAAGGAUAGGUGAGGCAGUGCGGCUUCUUGAUGAAAUGCCUUGCAAAGGCCUAAUGCCUAACGAUUUUACUUACAGUUCUCUUAUACGUGGCUUGUGUAAAGCAAAGACGCUGCGCAUGAGUUUUUUAAAAACUUGUGUGCUAGUGGCCAUUCUCCUGAUAAUGUAACUUACUCAAUUCUGAUAGAUGGCUUUUGUAA